UUUCCCAUAAGGCCACGCGGUGGGGCCUUGUCUUUCUUUUCCGCCAUCUUGGCGCCCAGGGAGGCCUGCUGGGAUCAGGACUUCUAAUAGACAAAUAUGUCUGGAAGACUGUGGUGCAAGGCCAUUUUUGCUGGCUAUAAGCGGGGUCUCCGGAACCAGAGGGAACACACAGCUCUUCUUAAAAUUGAAGGUGUUUAUGCCCGCGAUGAAACCGAAUUCUACUUAGGCAAGAGGUGUGCUUAUGUGUACAAAGCGAAAAACAACACAGUGACUCCAGGUGGCAAACCAAACAAAACCAGAGUGAUCUGGGGAAAGGUAACUCGGGCCCAUGGAAAUAGCGGCAUGGUUCGUGCCAAGUUCCGAAGCAACCUUCCUGCCAAAGCCAUUGGACACCGAAUCCGUGUGAUGCUGUACCCCUCAAGGAUUUGAACUCAUGGGAAAUAAAAGUGCAUUUGUGCUCUUGUAUUUUUUAA